GAUACCAACCCUUCUAGUUAGCUUACUGAUCGCCAGUGGCACCAUGGCCAACCCCAUCGGUGGUGACCCACCAGCAGCCUGCCCGUCUGCACCCCUGACUCUCUUCGGUCCGGACUCCCUCCCUCCGGACCGUGAGACUCACCAGGAAUCCAACGAGACCUGCCCGGUAGGAGACCUUGUGCAGGACCACUGGCCCAAGAGCCGAUCCGCAACGUGCCCGUGGCAGUACGUGAACGACUACAACCCGAACCGCUUCCCGGCGUCCAUCUCCCAGGCCGUAUGCAGCUGCGCACGGCAGGGCUGCCUGGAUCCGUACACCUCCGAGCCCCGCCCGGACUUGCAGUGCAGCCCCGUCAGUUACACAGUACCCGUGCUGCGUCGGGGUGAUUGCGUGGACGGAGUCAGCGACAUCUACCAAGACUUUGAAAGCGUGAGUGUAGCGUGCGCUUGUAUGCGUCCGGUGAUGCCUCCGGUGAUGCCAAUCGACGAACGCCCCCCAGGUAUCAUCGGAUAAUUAGUUAAACCGGGUUAGGGAUUGCUAAACCAAGCUCAAACUAAGUCAAUCACUAAUUUAACUGAGUUGGUACACCUUUUGCCGGUUAUCGGUUUAGAUCUCUAAACAAACAUGUUGUUUUAUUGGAUGGGAGCCUUAUACGCAUUAUUUUGACAAUGCCAAAUUAGUUGGAAAUGCAAUGAUAAACUAUUUUACUGAAGUUAGGAAGUAGUCUCUUCCCCUUCGUUUAAUGUUUGGGUGUCUUACUCUCACUAAUGUUAUCUUUAACACAGUGACAUUUCGAAAGUAGCCAGGACCUACAGAUUGCAGUGUAGUAUUUUUGUAGAUGUUGAACUCAGAACACGCCUUAAAUGGAUGAGCUUAAUAUACAAUGGGUUUAUUCACAAAUCGGCCAUAUUAAAUUGAGAGCGAGGUAAAAUUUUGAUUUUUGGAACUUGCGGAAAAAAAA